AUGAGUGCUACCUUCCAGAAACUCGUUAUCAACAUCGACUUGCUUCGCCAGUUAUCUGAAGCGCGCUUUGACGACGAUCUGACUGCUUUCGACGCACUUCCCCCCCUCUCUGAGAUUGCCGUUGCCCGUCAAGACCUUGUAGAGAAGGUGGCAGCGGGCCGUCAGAAAGGCGAUUCGUGGUACGAUUCCAGCCUCCAGGCAGACCAGGACAGGUUGCUCAAGGCCGUCUCGGAGAUUCUUUUGUUCCUGCAACAGGCAAGGGAGGUCGCUAUCUCGUCCGACGUGGACUGCAUGUAUCCCGACAAGGAGUCGUUUUACCAACACGCGCGCUUUGUUCUCAUCGGCAAAGAUAACUGGACCCAGAGGAUUAUUCCGCAGCGCGAAGAACUGGAACGUCUUUACCAAGCGUUCCUGAAUUCGAAGGCCGCAGAAGGCCUCGCUAUCGGCCGUUGGCACGAUACGUCCCAUACUGGUACCGCCGCAGCCUUGGGUCUUCUCACUGAAUACACUCCGGGUGGCAUAUUGGACACUGAGGUAUGGGGACAGAGCUUCAACGACGCCUUCCUCCUUGGAGCAAUUAAGGGCGCUCGCCCGGUCAAACUGGUGACAGUCUUGGCCACUCAUUCACGCAAGGAAGUUGAAGCCUCGUCCGGCGUGAUCAAGGGGUGCGACGUCCGUAACGACACGGUGAAAUUUGACGGUCACAGCAUAUCGUAUACGAUGAUCAACUGGACCGUUCAGGAGGCAAGAGCUCUCAAGACCUUCGGCUUUUACGCCUCUCCUCAUGUUUCGCGUGGCAUUGAGUUCCUCCCACUUGCCAGCAAGCUAUAUCAAGAAGCUCGUGAAAAGUGCUCGAUGCUGGAUCUCUUGCUCCUCGCACGCCAGACCAUGCUCAUGCAAGCGCUUGACAACAUUAUGGGACGUACCGACCUACAAGCUCGAAUCCUCGACUUCAUCACGCCCGCUAUCUCAGAUCGUAAAAUCUAUAUAGCCCUGCAUAAACGCUAUAUCGCCGGGCUGCAAAAGGGUGGGGUUCCGGAGAGUGAUUCAGCGAACACCCUUAUCCGCCGGGUUGACCUUCGCAUUCGUCAAGCCAGCGAAAACCUUCGUCGAUUUGCGCAGCCGAGUGAAACGCUCCUUUUGAGGACCGCACAAGACGUAUCGAAUUCUGUCCGCUUUGGGGCAGCUAAGCUCUUGGCUGAGCGUUACCCCGCCAGCUCUGAGAACGUCGCGACCGACAACAUAGUCCUCGCACAUCUCGUGCUCGACAAGCUUGUCGCACAAGCUGUUUGGAAUGGUGCCUUGAACGAGUUUCGCUUAAACACGUACAAGGCCGUAGAGUCAUACGUCAAAAACGAACUUGAUCGUGCGAUUGACGAUCCGUCUUUGCGCAGGGUUCGUGAGGAAGCGGCUGGAAAGCGCGAUGAUUUUUUCCGCGCGGUUCAGACGGGGGUUUAUAGAGGUCAAACUCUUACAGGCCCAAAGUUUGAGAUGGACGAGGCACCAUUGCUGUUCUCGACUUACCUUCAACGUGUGGGCUUCCGUAUCGCUCAGGCCCACGGCGAUGAUCCUGCCGAAGAAGUUACGGACGCGUUCGUCAUCGAAUUCCUCAAUCGGCACCAGUACAUCCCGGUCGAGUAUUAG